AUGGACGACGUCGACUCGCAAACGCCGGCAGAGCAACGUCUUACUGAUGAAGAGUUCACGGCAUUGCCUCCCAUUGAUUUUGUGACGCUGGGAAUGUUCAUCAUAGACGAGAUACACUUCUUGCCGCCUACGCCACCCGUCUUUGAUAUACUUGGUGGCGCCGGCUCGUACGGUGCUCUCGGAGCCCGUCUCUUCUCGCCGCCUCCGGAUGCCUCGUCGGUCGGCUGGAUUGUCGACAAGGGUUCCGACUUUCCGCAGUCUUUAACCGACCUCAUCGGCAGCUGGGAGACGUCAGUUGUAUUCCGUGAGGACCCACAGCGACUGACCACGCGCGGAUGGAACGGAUACGAGGAUGCAGAGAAGCGCGCCUUCAAAUACACCACCCCCAAGAAGCGCCUCACUGCAGGGGACCUGACGCCUCAUCUGUUACUAUCCAAGUCCUUCCACUUAAUCUGCUCCCCGGCCAGAUGCAGAGACCUAGUUUCCGAAAUCACUUCGGCCCGCAAGCGUGUAUGCCCGCCCGAUUCGUACAUAAAACCAAUAUUCAUCUGGGAACCCGUACCUGACCUGUGUACACCCGAUGAACUUCUGAAUUGUACAAAUUGCCUGCCCCUAGUCGACAUCCUCAGUCCGAAUCACUCGGAGCUGGCCGGUUUCAUGGGCGAUGAUGGCCUGGACCCAGCCACCGGAGAAAUUUCCAAGACAGCCGUAGAAAGAUCUUGCGAGCAACUUCUCGCCAGCAUGCCUUUGUCAUCUUUCACACUUGUCAUCCGCGCCGGUGAUAAGGGCUGCUACGUUGCUCGGAACGGCGGCCGCAAGCGCCACCCCACUACAGGCGUUGGGGCCGACCCGAAGCGUCGCAAGAAGGAUUAUGCCAGGGGCGGCCUUAAGCCAGACACCGACAUGGAAGCACUCUUCGCCGGCCUGCUUCAGGACGACGAUGGCGCCGUUGUUCGCGAGGAGAUUGAGGUAGAUUCUGGUACCGAACAGUGGUUUCCAGCCGUUCACCAGGACAGCUCCAGAGUGAUAGAUCCAACUGGCGGCGGCAACACAUUUCUGGGGGGCCUCGCUGUCGCUCUUGCAAGGGGCAAGAGUGUCGAGGAAGCUGCAGCAUGGGGCAGUGUAGCUGCCAGUUUUGCUAUCGAGCAAGUUGGCGUACCGACCUUGGGCAAAGAUGACAAUGGCGAGGAGACGUGGAACGGCGAAAGGGUAGAGGACCGGCUAGCGGAAUUCCGAGCCCGUCUACAAUUAGUACAGUAG